AUGAUUGAAAGAUGGAACGCAAAUUCUCCUGAUAUUCCCAUUGUUUUUGAGAUAAAUGAAACAGCAAAUUGGAUUAAAAGAAAUAAAUUUACUAAAGUUGGAUUACAAUUUCCAGAUGAACUUUUGGGUAUAUCGAUUGUCAUAUGUCGGCAGUUGAAUUCCAUUGUUACUGAUUGUCUGUGUGUUAUUCUUGGAGAUAGUUCGUUUGCAAGUUGUUGUGUUGAUGAAAUAGCUGGUCAACAUAUGAAAAUUGAUGCAUUAAUUCAUUAUGGUCGAGCAUGUUUAUCUAUAACAACUGGUUGUUUGCCUAUUUAUUAUGUAUUUGGCAAAUAUUCACCUUAUCAACUUAAUAAUGAAGUCCAAUCAUUUAAACAAAUUUCACAUCAAUUGAUACAGAACAUUUUUGCCUAUUCAUCAGAAACUAUCACACCGUCAAUUCUUCUCAUUAUGUAUGAUUUUCGUUUUAAAGAUAUUGCUCAAUAUAUUUAUAAUGAAUUAAUAUCAAUGAGUAGUAAUGGUUCAGGUUCAUAUAAUCCUAAACUGUUACCAAAAUUAAUAUGGUCUGAGCCAUACAUUAAUACAUUAGAUAAUUCAGUAAUAGAAUCCGACAGGAAAGAUGACAUGAAUAACCAUAAAAAUCAAUGGAUUCGUUGUGGACGAUUAUUAAUCCCUUAUCAAUUUGAUUUGGAUACUUUAAAUAGUAUCGAUAAUAAUAAUAAUAAACAUAGUUGGAUGAUGUUAUAUAUUGGACAUACAAAAGAAAGUGAUACAGAUUUAUAUUCAGUUUAUCGUAUCCUACUUUGUUUACCAGAAAUUGAUCCAUCAAAAACAAUUUUAUUUGAUCCAAUUACUCGUGAUUUAGAUUUAACUGGUUUACAGUUGAAUAGAUUAUUAAAAAGAAGAACAUAUUUAAUUGAAAAAGCAAAAGAUGCACAAUAUAUUGGAAUCUUGGUUUGUACAUUAUCUAUUAAACAUUAUCAACAUAUUAUUGAUCGUUUAAAAUUAUUAUUAAAAAAUGCAAAACGUUCAUGUAUCACACUAAUUGUUGGUCGAUUAAAUCCAGAAAAAUUAGCUAAUUUACCUGAAUUACAAUUAUUAAUUAUAAUAGCUUGUCCUGAGACAAGUUUAUUAGAUUCAUAUAAUUUUCAUAUUCCAGUUAUAACACCAUAUGAAAUGGAAUGUGCUUUACAUUCAUGUUAUAUAAAUGAUUAUUCAUUAAAUGAUGAACGUACAUGGACAGCAGAGAAAUUUUGCAUAGAUUUUCAUGAUUUAUUACCAGGUGGUCAAGCUUAUAUACCUGUGGAGAAUGUUAUUCCACAAAUAACUGAAUCAUUCGCCAUGGUUUCAUUAAUUGAUGGACAUAGUCGUUUUAUUCCAAAAAAUAAACUUCAUACUGAAGAUAAUUCUCAAUCUUUAAUUGUUCAAUCAUCAAGUGAAUUAAUUGACUAUAAUCAAUGGAAUUUAUAUGCUAAUCGAGUUAAUCGAACAUGGUAUGGUUUAGAUCCGAAAAUUGGUCAAACACCUAUAGCACAAAUAAAAGAUGGUCGUGUUGGUUUACCAACACAAUAUACAGAUGAAAAUAAUGUUGUAAAUCUACGUUAA